CGACCCACCGUGAAUGCACAGCGAUUGCUUACUUUUAGCGCUCAAUCACAACAGCAACAGCAACAACAACAGCAACAGCAACAGCAGCAACCUCCACAUGCUCAAUCUAUUCAAACGGGCACCAUGUUUGACAGCGCAUCUGCGACUGGCACACCAUCAACCUCACCAACCUUUGAUCGGUUUUUCAAUGAUGUGCAUUUCAAGCAAACCCCUCCGAGCUCCAGUGUUACAGAAAAUAACAACGCCAACAGCAACAGCAGCAGCGGAGGCGCGCUGGAUGACAAGCAAGCCGAUGAAGCGCCUACAGAUUGUUUCCAGUUCGUAGCACACGCAGCAUGGCAUCCAAAGAACCGCAAUGCAAAGCAACGCCAGAACGAAGACAAACUUCCGUACUGGAAGCGGUCUAAAGUAGGCAACGUGGAUGCAGGUGAAGAUGCCUUUUUCCACACAUGCACCCCAUAUGGCAUGGCACUUGGUGUCGCUGAUGGUGUGGGCGGUUGGGCGGAAGCCGGUGUCGAUCCAGCCAUCUUUUCAUGGACUUUGAUGAAUAAUGCUGCAGGCGUCGCAAAGAAGGCCGAGCAGAGCCCUCCAAUUCAUGCAUUACAGAUCCUCGACACUGCGUUUCAUCAGCUGCGGCGUGGAGGCAAAGUCGCCGCAGGCAGCAGCACGGCAUGUAUCCUCAACCUGUGCAAGACAACCGGUGAGAUGACCAGCGUCAACCUGGGCGACAGUGCCUUUGUUCUGAUUCGUGAUGAAAAGAUCGUCUAUGAAAGUCCAAGCCAACAACACUACUUUAAUUGCCCGUAAGUCCCUCUCUUGUCCAGCGGAGGGAGAGAAGCCGAGAGAACAAAAAAAAAUUUGUGCUGAUGAUAAUCAUAUUCUCGUGUGUGUUCUAGGUAUCAGCUGACCGUGGUGCCGGACACCUAUCCUGAUAGGGACAACUUUGUGACAGACAUGCCAAAGGACGCAGACCAAAAGACAUUUUUUCUCAAGGACAAUGACAUCAUCUUACUCGCUACCGAUGGCUACUUUGACAACGUGUAUCCACAAGAAACUCUGUCACUUGUCAAUGCAAGCAUGAAAACCAUCUUCAAUCCGUCGUCGAAGGCAGCAGCAGCAGCAGCAGCAGCAAC